GGGCGCUGCCCGCUGCCCCGCGCCGCUCCCUCUAUGAGGCCAUAGGGCGCGCGGCGGGGCAGGGCUCACCAUGUCGAUGCUCCCGACUUUUGGCUUCACCCAAGAGCAAGUGGCCUGCGUCUGCGAGGUGCUCCAGCAAGGCGGCAACAUCGAGCGGCUGGGGCGGUUCCUCUGGUCCCUCCCUGCCUGCGAGCACCUCCACAAGAACGAGAGCGUCCUGAAGGCCAAGGCGGUGGUGGCUUUCCACCGGGGCAACUUCCGCGAGCUCUACAAGAUCCUGGAGAGCCACCAGUUCUCGGCGCACAACCACCCCAAGCUGCAGCAGCUCUGGCUGAAGGCGCACUACAUCGAGGCGGAGAAGCUCCGGGGGCGACCCCUAGGGGCGGUGGGCAAGUACCGGGUGCGCCGCAAGUUCCCGCUGCCCCGCUCCAUCUGGGACGGCGAGGAGACAAGCUACUGCUUCAAGGAGAAGAGCCGCAGCGUCCUCCGCGAGUGGUACGCCCACAACCCCUACCCGUCCCCCCGCGAGAAGCGGGAGCUGGCCGAGGCCACCGGCCUCACCACCACCCAGGUCAGCAACUGGUUCAAGAACCGCCGGCAGCGGGACCGCGCCGCCGAGGCCAAGGAAAGGGAAAACAACGAGAAUUCCAACUCCAACAGCCACAACCCGCUUUCGGCGUCAAUGAACGGGAAUAAGACAGUUUUGGGGAGCUCAGAGGACGAGAAGACGCCGUCAGGGACCCCGGAUCACACCUCCUCCAGCCCCGCGUUGCUGCUUAGCUCCAAUCCCGGGCUGCAGCCCCUGCACGGCCUGGGCCACCCCCAGGGCCCCAGCGCCAUCCCCGUGCCCAGUGCCGACCCCAUGCACCACCACAGCUUGCAGGACUCCAUCCUCAACCCCAUGUCAUCUAACCUGGUAGAUCUGGGCUCUUAAAACAGUGUACACGCUCCCUCCUUGGCACCAGCCCUCCUUUACUCUAUUUUUUUUCCUUUUUUUUCUUUCCUUUUUUUUCUCCCCCCUUAAUCUUACCAGAGACUUGAAAGAGAUGACAAACACCUUAGUGGAUGUGUUGUGCCCUUUGGCAGAAGGCUGGCUGCAGGUUUGCAAGGUAGCAGACUCAACUGUGGGCAGUGAUGUUGUGAAAAGCCUUAAGAGUUGUUUACAGGGGGGCUCAGGCGUGUAAUGACUAUUGGACAGGAGCUGUGAUUUUCACGGCAGGCUGUAAGGGGGAUCGGUUUAGCAGCUCUUUCCAGCCUUAAUUUCACGAAUCUCUCAGUGGUGUCACUCGAUCGGGCCGGUCUGUGUGGGAAGAGGCACAUUGUAAUAUUUUUUUUCGGGAUGUGGGGAGGAAAGUGGAACGCAAGGCUGCUGUUGCCAUGCCUGUUUGGAAGUUACACAUCUCUCCCGUUAUUCUAUUGUAGCUAUGUAUC